AUGAAUAAAUUAAUUAAAUUACCAAAAUAUACCAUAGCGAAUAGAAUAAAUGUGUCAUACUAUUCAACAACUACAUCAAAAUCACCAACUUAUAAUAUUAAUGAUGAUAAUAAUAAUAACAAUAAUAAUAGUGGUAUAAAUAAUAAUAAAACAACACAUAUAUAUAACAAUAAUAAUGAUAAUGAUAAUAAUAAUAAAAAUAAUAAUGAUAAUGAUAAUUUUAGUAUUGACAAAAAUGAAAAAAUAAAAGAAACUACAAUUGGAUUACCAGUUGAUAUCAAUCAAUAUAAUAAAUUAAAAGAAAUUAAAAAAUUAAUGAGUUUAAGUGUAACAAAUAAAAUUGUAAAUACUGGUUUAUUUGGAAAUAAAAAUAAUGGUAGUAAUAAAAAUAGUAAUGAUUACAGUGAAAAAAUAAGUGAAGCAAAAGCAAGACCAGAUAUUUUCUUUGAUUCUAAAAUGAUUGAAUUUAAAUUUCAAGAAUUUAUGAAUACAUUAACUAUUAGUAAUAAAUCAACAUUAGUUAUUGGUGUAUCUGGUGGUAGUGAUAGUAUGGUAUUAUUAUAUUUAUUAAAGAAUUGGUGUAUUGGAGAGAAUUCAGCCAAUGUAAAUAGAAAAUUAAAAAUCACAGUGAUUACAAUCGAUCAUAAAAUGACAAAUCCUGUAGCCGAGGAUAUACCAUACAUAAGUAAAAUCAUCAAUCAAUUAAUCAACAAUGAUAAUAAUUCAAACUUUAUUAAAAUUAAACAUAAAGUAGUUGAAAUUGAUGAACAAAGAUGUAAACAACAAGUGUCAUUACGUAAUCAAAGAAUUGAGAUACUAAUGAGUGAGUCUGUUGGAAAUGGUAAUAAUUUAAUAUUUUAUGGAACAAAUUUAAAUGAUCAAAUGGAAACAUUUAUACAAAGAAUUAAUAAAAACAGUGGAUUGGAUGGACUAGCAGCCAUGACUAAAAUAACCAAAAUUUCAAAUACCCACUCUGUGCUAUUGGUGAGACCAUUAUUAGAUUUCUCGAAAUUGGAAAUACUGGAUUUUUGUUCAGAAAGAUCAAUUCAAUAUUUUAAUGAUCCAACCAACGACGAUCCAGUAUCCUAUAGUAGAAAUAAAACACGUCAUCAACUAAGAGAUUUCAAAGAGUUUUCAAUUGAAUCACCAUUAUCAACAACUAUAAAUUUAAAACAAUUCCUUAGUGGUUUAACUCCAAUCCGAAUGAUUAAAGAUCAAACUGAUAAAGUUUUACAAAAGAUGUUAAAUGACAUUUUAGAACUCAAUGAACAUAAAAAUAAUAUUCGUGAUUUGAGAUUACCCCUAAUUAGAGUACCCUUGAAAUACUAUAAUAGUUUACCACCAACCAUUCAAUCUCGUUUACUUCAUAGACUAAGCUGUAUUAUUAGUAAUGAAUUUUCAUUUUUUCAACAAAAGAAAUAUAAUCAAAUUGUAAACUCAUUAAAACAAAAACCAAAUAUUCCAAUCUCUUCUCAUAAAUUAUUUAUUUACAAUGAAAAAAAUUUUGAAAAUAAUAAAUUCAAUCAUUAUCUAAUAGCUCAAUCUGUUUUUCAACCUAAAAAAAGUAAUCAAGUAGAUUUACCAAUUAACACUUAUUUUAAAUUUCAUAAUUUUACAAUCUUCAUUUCAGAAAAACAAUCAAAAUCUUCUUUACCAUCAUCAUCAUCAUCAUCAUCAUCAUCAUCAUCAUCAUCAUCAUCAUCAUCAUCAUCAUCAUCAUCAUUAUCAUCAUCACAAUCAUUACCAAAAUUAAUAGUUAGAUUUUAUGAUCAAGUUGAUCAUGUUCAUUUUGAUCGAAAUCAACGUAAAAUAAUUUCAAGUUAUCCAAGAUAUACAAAAUUAUUAUUCUUGGUUAUCGCUGAUGCUUCUGAUAAUUUACCACUUUGUAUACCUUCAAUUGGUGUUCAAACUGAUUAUUUUUUAAAUCAUUAUUCUUAUACUAUUAGUAUGGAUAAAUUAAGUUUAAAUAAUAUUAAAACUGAUUGGGAUUCUAUUUAA